AUGAUCAUCGCCUACUGUAUAGGCAGAGCCAUCUACAAUGUCCACUUCCACCCGCUCGCAAAGCACCCCGGGACAAAGCUUGCCGCCAUCACCGAUGCCUGGUGGGCUUACUCAGGGUGCUUAGCCUUACCAGGCUGCGUUCUACAGUUCCUGGCAUGCCCCCGACUUUCCUUGGAUCAAAUCAGUCUUCACGUCAGAGUCCCGGUUAACGCGCUCGAACACUUAGCAUUACGGGAAAGUACCCCUUGGAUCAUCAAGGGCGUCCUCAAAAAAUACGGCGAUGUAGUCCGCAUUGCUCCUAAUGAGCUUGUAUUCUUGAGACCUCAGGCAGCAAGAGACAUAUACCUUUCGCAGGAGAAGAACCUCGAGCUGUUCGUCCAGGUUGGGUACGGCGCCUUGGACACUGGCGACGGGGGCAUCUCCGGCGAUACCAACCCCGUGAGGCACCGCGAGAUCGCAAAGAAGCUCGCACCUGCUUUUAGCACGAGGAAUUUCAAAGCGAAAGAAAAAGCACUUCAUAAUCACAUUGACCUGUUCGUCAAGAGAAUGAAGGACGUGGGAACUGGAGCGAAGGGGGCUGAGUUGCAACGCUGGACGGACUGGCUGGCGCUGGACCUCUCAGCCGGCAUGACCUACGGGCCUCGCGAUGAAUCAGAUGCCGCAACUCUGAAGCUGGAUCUCUUCUUGACGAUGAGCCAGAUCACGAGGAAGUUCCGCCUCCUUACCCCCCUGAUGUAUCUCACCAUCCCGCCAUCCGUGUGGUUCGUGAUGCCGAGGCUCAUCGGGAUGAACCACCAAGACGUCAAGGCGCGCAUCGAGCGCCGGGGGAAGACGAAGCACCUGGACUACUUCGAGCAACUCGUCCCGGCCGACGGGCCCUCGCCGGAAGAUGAGAAGGAUAUCUAUCACCUAGAAAAUGUCGCGGGGCAGCUGCUCCUGGCUGGCUGGCAGCCGCUGGCGAACCAGUUCUACUCUCUGAUAUUCUUCGUCCUCAAGGAACCUGAGGCUUACGCGGCGCUGGUGAAGGAAGUCGCCUUUACUGAUUAUUAUGCGAUCAAUACCGAGACUACGGCUAGUUUGAAGUACCUGCAGGCUUGCGCGAAUGAGAGCCUUCGCCUCCACCAAGACACGGUUGACGGGCUGCCGCGAGUGAGCCCUGGCGAUGUUGUGGACGGAGCAUACAUUCCUAAAGGCGUGACCUGCCAGAUCAGCUACUUCGCUGCAGCUCGAAGCCCGCGCUUCUUUACCGAGCCGCCCAAGUUCCGACCGGAACGGUGGUUGCCGCCAGACCACCCUAGGUUCGAUCCAAAAUACAAAGACGACAACCUCAAGGCGUCCAAGCCUUUCAGCCAAGGACCUAGAGGGUGUCCUGGCGGUUCUGUAGCUUUGGCUCUGCUGCGGACAUUUGUUGCCAAGGUCUUGUGGGAAUUUGACCUGGAAGCGGCAACGGGUCAAGAGGGUUUGUCGUUCGACAGGGACUUCAGAUUCAUGACGUUUUGGGAGAGACCACAAUUCUGGGUCCGGUUCAAGCCUGUUCAAAGGGCAUAA